UGGGAAAAGAGCAUGGUACAUAUUAGGAAGAGGUGGUGCAAGAAUACGUCUUUUUUUUGUCUAGCGCGCCGUCACAUGUGGACAGUUAAUUUGGUACAUGGUUGGUUUACUGACUAGGGGACUUUGGUUGGCCUGUUGGUUCUGGAGUCGGUAUUCCCCUUUUGUGUGCUUGCAUUCAUCCUUCUUGGACACUGGCUCGUGGUUGUUUUUUGUGUUUGUUUCUUUCUUUUCCUCGGUUUGGUGCUGCAUCUGUUUUUGUCCCUUUCUUUCUUUCUUUUCAUUUUUCACCUGACACGACCGUCCACGGCCCGCCGGGUUGGGGGGAUUGUAUUUACUUUGGGAGAGUG